CAUUUCAUUUUUUUUUUUUUUUUUGAGGCUCACGAACACCCAUUUCUAUUUUCCACUUUCUAUCAACUGGAAUCAAAACGCGCCCGAUUUGAUUUCAAGCAUAGAUCUACAGAAAGCAACAGAUAGAAAUACCCAUUUCUUUCUUUCUUCUUCUUCUUCUUCAAGAAUGUCAAGAAAGAGAGCCCUAAACGACCCCAGCUACCGCACAUUGCCAUCACCUUCUUCUUCUGCUUCAUCAUUAUCUUCUUCUUGGACUCAACUAGACUGGCAAUACCCAGGAAAAGACGUGAUGGAAAAUAUUACCAGGCGUCUAGAAACUCCCAUGGAGAUUCGCCAUCUACGUGCUGUCUGCCGAGGUUGGCGUGACUUAAUCCCUCUUCCACCCAAAUACCACCUCAACUCUGAUGGGUCUCCUUUGAAACUUCCAUAUCCAAUCGUUUCGAACGGUAAGCAGUCCUCUAUUAGGGGUUACUACUUGCUCAAAGAUAGAACCAUCUAUUGUUUCGAACCCUUGAAAGAGAAUUCUACCGAUAACUGGUUCGUGAAUAUUGAAGAGAAAGAUCCUGGGAAAGUUUGUCUCAAGGACCCUUUCGACAGAUUCAGGAAUCUUGGUCAGAUUGAUAGCCUACACGAGAAGGUAAUCGAGUUAUGGGAUUAUAAGGUGAGAGAAGUAGGUAAAACAUAUUAUCUUGAAUUUGUUGAAGUAGGAGACAACCAAUGUUUUUGGAUUAGAAAAGUUGUUGUGGGUUGGAACAAUAAGGGUGAAUUUUGGGUCAUGGCUAACAUUCGUGGUAGAAAGUUGGGAUUUUGGAAAAUCGGUUUUGAGAAUUGGGCGGAAAUUGAUGAUGGGCGCGUAAAAUCGCAUUAUGUGGAUGUUGCCUUUCACAAUGGAAGAAUCUAUGCUGUGGAUUGGACAGGACUGACUGUAGCAAUUGAUCCUUCAUCCUUGAGAGUUACUCAAGUUGCUUCUGAUUUUCACCCAUAUAGGCCUUUCUGUAGGUAUUUGGUGAGUUCACUUGGGGAUUUAUUUCUGGUUGAUAUUCCCUGUCAAACCCUUUAUUUAAAAGUUCACAAGUUGAACGAAGAGAUAGGUAAAUGGAUUCGUGUGAAGAGGUUGGGGUAUCGGGCAAUAUUGGUGGGAGAUGAUUGCUGCUACGUUCUUUCGACCAAAGAUUUUGCUGGAUUGAAAAGGAAUUGCGUUUAUUUCUGUGAUGCUAUUUUCGAUCAUGGUCAGUAUCGUUUCCCAGGCUGCUGUGUUGGCUUCACGAGAUUGGACAAAAAAGAUUUUGGGUACCUGAAAUCUAAAAUUUUCUGGCCUCCACCGACCUGGCUCGGGCAAACACCAAGUCGCAAGUGAACAACGGAAAGAUCUACGAAUAUUCAUAGAUGAAUUAUAUAACGAUCUCAACAACUUUUUUUCCAAAAGUUUGAUUCGAAUUAGCAAUCUGAAUUAGCACAGCUUCUUGUAUGUGGUUCUGGAUUCAGUUGGUAUGUUCCUAUACGUUUAUGUCAAACCGAUGGUGACGCUGUUAUGUGGACUUUGUAGUUUUUUGUCUAUGUUCUACUGAAUCAAAGAGAUGUGCAAGCUUGCUAGUUUUAUUGUCUUGAUAAUUUCUAUUAGCUUGAGAGGGAUAAGCAAAUUUUCCCAAUCCAGUUCUAUUCUCUGUUUUUCUCUGUUCUUAGAACCAAAUACAUUGAAAUUGAUCUUCAAGAAAGGUUUAGAGGUCGAAGAUAUAUACAACACCGUUUAGUUCUGAGGAAUACAAGAUUGUUGUGGCUAUGUAGUUUACGUUUGUAAUAUUACUGUUCAGCAUUCAGUUUUAAAAAUUGUAAAAAUGAAGGUGUUAGUGGUGCUAGUCAGUUAGAGCUGCUCAUUGUAUAAAAGUUUAAGUACAUAUUGAAAUAUCAUAUUGAGGAAUUUUUCCAUCAGAAUACAUUAUUGUUAUCUCUUUUAACUUCUUUUGCCAAGAGCAACUAAAAUGGAUGGAAUUCAAAGGUCGAUGGGAGGAAAAAGGGGAAAAAAAAAAUGACACUGUUUUCAUUGGAGCAGAGAUGAUUAUGGCGGGUUUUGUAACAGCCCAGACCACCCGCAUCAGGAUAUUGUCCUCUUUGGACCAGGGUUCACACCCUCUCUCCCCCCUGGCCUCAAGGUUUUGCUCACAAAACGCGUCCUGAAGGGAGAUGUAUCCACAGCCUUAUAAAGACCGCUUCGUGCCCCUCUCCAACCGAUGUGGGAUGUUACAAUCCUCCCCCCUUGGGGCCAGCGUCCUCGCUGGCACACCGAUCCGGGUCAUGGCUCUGAUACCACUGUAACAGCCCAGACCACCCGCAUCAGGAUAUUGUCCUCUUUGGCCCAGGGUUCACACCCUCUCUCCCCCCUGGCCUCAAGGUUUUGCUCACAAAACGCGUCCUGAAAGGAGAGGUAUUCACAGCCUUAUAAAGACCGCUUCGUGCCCCUCUUCAACCGAUGUGGGAUGUUACAGGGAUAAAUUCGUAAUCUAAAUGGUACUUCAUUCUCAUUUCUCUGCUCGACAAACAAAAGAGACCCCAAAAAGAGACUCCAUUACAAAACUCCCAGAAAACACUCUCUCUUUCUUUGUCUUCAGGGAACAAAGAGGCCCCAAAACCCCAACUACCCAUACCCUCUACAUCACCAUCUUCUUCUUCUUCUACUAGCUGUAGCAAAAGCUUUUGUAAAACAGAGGAUGAGGAUGGAUUCGAGAUUUUGCUACUCUGUUUCAGCCAGAGAACUGCAUUUAUUUCAAUGAUAGGUGCUUCAUUGGUGUUAAGGAUGAUUUCCCAGGUUGGGCUGCUGCCUUGUUUGACUUGGAGGACGAUGUUUCUCAACCCCUAGAAUCUGCUGUUGGCUAUUCUGAAAUUUUCUGGCCACCACCAUCCUGGUUAGGGCAACAAUCAAGUUGAAAGUAAGAAUAUUAUCUUUAAUUUAUCAUGUUUGAUUCAAUUGUUAUGAGUUAAUAUCAAUGUGCCUUUAUUUUAAAUGCAUAGCAAACGUUUUGUGCGUUGCAUUUCAAUUAAUUUAUGUAGUUUGACA